AUGGCCUGUGAGAAGACCAAUGCCUCUGCCCCUCACGAACAGCUGUAUGGCUCGCAGUUGGGCGGCAUCUUUGGUUAUUCCUACUUCACUGGUGGUUUCGCUGACGGUCAUGCCGAGGACGUGCGGGUGCCGCCGGCCGACAACAAAUUGCUGAAGGUUCCGAAUUCUCUUCCCAACGAUAAGGGUAUCUACUUGUCGGACGUUCUCCAUACUUCCUACCACAGCGUCGUUUACUCUAGGGUCAAAGAAGGUGAUGAUGCUGCCAUCUGGGGCCUUGGCCCAAUCAGCCUGAUGGCAAGUGCUUGGACCUACGUCAGGGGUGACAAGCAGGUCAUCGGAAUUGACAGCAACUGGCGAUGUGCUUAUGCCGAGUCAAAGAUCCCAGGCCUCAAAACGAUCAAUUUCAGACACUUGAAGGCUACAGGGACUGUGCCCGCCAAGGUCCAUGAGAUUUUGCCGGGAGGUGCCAACGUCAGCAUUGAUGCGACGGGCGGAGAGUACGGCAAAGGAUGGGCGCAUUCUUUGGAGUUGGCAAAGUUCGGUGCUGUAGGACUUAUCGGCGACUACGUCGGAUUCACCAAACACUUUAACGUCGGGUCGCUGAUGGAGCGCGGCAUCCGCUUGAUCGGCUGUGGUCAGGCUCCGGUUCAGAAGUGCAAGUCAUAUAGAUCCAAUUUCUCCUAG